UCAGCCCGCCGCGUUCCGUUCGGAAGUCAGAGCUCAGUAUCAUCUCGCGAGAGAUAAGCUUCAGAUCGAUUCAACCGCCUAGUCUAGACCUGCUGCUCGAAAGUGUGUGUCGGAAGCGCGCGCGGUGCUGAAGUGGUGACUUUGAAGUUCAAUUUAAAAACAUUUUCUCCGUUUUACCUGGCAGAUCGGAAAAACUCUCGUAUGCCAACGGUAACACCCAUCCAGGGUCCAAUUUUUCUCAAGAAUGGAACAGUUCCUGUCGUGCCAUUAUUUGCAUAUCCUCAAGUCAGCAAUGGGACGUUCGUCCAGAUACCGAUCUGGUGGACGGCCCUAUCAGUAGCGCUUGGUCUCAACGUGCGGGGAGAUGUGAUCAAAGGUGUUCCUUGUGUUAAGAAGAACCAUCAGCUGUUCUGCCCGACGGCUGGCAAUAGUUAUCCAAUAGACAAAAUCGAAACGUUCAUCGACGAGAACAAGGCCCUAAUGAAGCGGAUGUACGGGGACUUCGAGAUGUCUUCGAGAUAUCCACCGCUGCAAACGAACCGGAAAAGGAAGCGGCACGUCCAGGGGAUGGACGACGACUUCACGAUACUGCCGGAGCUGAUGGAUCUCUACGGAGUGCCGGGAUCGUUGAACGAUCCGGUGUCGUCUUUUGGCGGCAGUGGUGAUUCGUACUUCGGACGGUUACGGGACAAACGGCAGAGUUCGAAUGGGCGCGGUAAUGGUGGCGGUGGAGGAGGAGGAGCAGGAGGAAGCGGUUCCAAUGGUAGCAACAGUAAUGGGAAUGGUAAUGGGAAUGGAAACAGGAGGCAAGGUUCGUCGCCGGAUAGCAGUGGAGAAAGCACCGGAAGGGUGGACGCAUGCGAAUCAAAGAUCGAAAUCGUCACCCCGUAUUGGGCCUCCAAUUCUGCGGGAAAAGUACGUGCCAUUGUCAAUACGCAGCAUUUCGAGCAGGCAAUCCACCAGGAGGUUUGUUCAAAAACACAAACAUCUCGCUGCUCGGGGGACUGCGGCUGCGAGCAGAAGUACAAAUGGCACCGGUUACUGGCCUACGAUCCGGACAACGAUUGCAAGGGUAUCUUCAUGGAUUGGUUCCUGUUUCCUUCCUGUUGCGUCUGUCGGUGCAGUCCUUGAGGUUGACCAUUUGAUGAGACCCCUAGUUUAGUCAUAAGAUUCUCGAUCAUCUUCCAAAUCCAAAAUAACACGUAGAAGAGUAGUAUAACUGACCAGAGAAGAGACUAGGUUUGGUGCGAUCGAUUCGCUAUGGCAUGAGAUAGUCAUACUUGAGUGCGCAACGAUUGAGCGAUGUGAGACCGCGAAUACCUUAUUAAGAUAGUUUGUAAACCGUAAUGUUCUAGUGAUAGCCGUAGAAACAAUCCAUGGAAACUAUACGAAAGAGAUUCAACGUUUUAUUUAGAAUUGUUUUUAGCCGCUAAUCCAUAAGUCGUGCAUAAACUAAGAAGCGCACUGAAAGAAGCAAACACCUACUUAUUCUCCAUUCGAGUAAAAUAAUUUCAAACUCAUGUGCUAGUUAGAAUAGAGCGUGGUAGUCGUCGUUACCCAUCUAGAAACUAUUUUCCAAAAACCAAACGUUGUCAGAUUCGACUUGAAGAGCUAAGUUAUUUUUUCUUCUUUUGUAAA